AAUGGGAGCACUUUUAGAUGGAAAUAAAUACGUUCAUGUAUUACUUCUUGGGACAUCUGAUGUUGGAAAAACAAAAUUCUUAUAUGAAGGCUUACUUUAAAACAGUAUUUAAGAAUUUUAAUGAAUAAGAAUACAAAGACCCUCCUUAUAAACCAACAGAAGGCUAUAACAUGGAAUGUAUGAAAUAUGAAUAAACGACUUAUGCAUUAUGGGAUUUGGCAGCUUCUCCAGAAGUAAAAUUAUUUGAAAAUAGUUUUUAUUUAGUUUAUGACUCUUUGGCAUGUGUUUUAUUAGUUCAUCCCAUUUAAAAUUACAAUCUUUGUUGUUAGAGUAAUUAAAGGAACAAAAGCUUAAAGAUCAAAACACUUUGAUAGUAUGGGGUAAUCUAGAUAAUUAUUACAUCGUUUAAUGACAUUAGAAGCAUUCAAAAAUAAACCUUUACUUCUUUUAGUGAAUGUGAAAAUUAAUAAAAUUCUAGAUUGAAAAAGAUCAGAGUAGUCAAUAAGGUGAUAAAUAAGAGGCACUUAAUGAAGCUAAGGCUUGCUUAAACUGGGAUGCUAUCAAGGUUAGAGAUAAAUAAGCUAUUGUGCUUGAUGUAAAUGCUUAUUAAGAUCAUGAAUAAGUUUUAAUGACUAUGGAUAAAAUGUAUAAAAAAGCUGAAGAAGAAGAUAGCAACCAAAAAGAAUGA